GAUGAAGUGUCAUUAAAGGUCCAACACAGGCUGCUGCCUCAGAACGGUCCUUCAAGCCACCGAGGAGAUGGAGAGCCUGGAGUACUGGAUAAAUGAAUACACCUCCACAUUGGGUAUAGGAGUCUUCCAUUCUGGCAUUGAAAUUUAUGGCAGAGAAUUUGCCUAUGGAGGGCAUCCCUACCCUUUCAGUGGAAUUUUUGAGAUCACACCAGGCAGUGCUGUAGAACUUGGCGAGACCUUUAAGUUCAAAGAAUCCAUUGCCUUGGGUACCACAGACUUCACAGAAGAGGAUGUGGAUAAAAUUAUGGAGGAGCUGGGCAAGGAAUACAAGGGCAAUGCCUACCACCUCAUGCACAAGAACUGCAAUCAUUUCUCAGCUGCCUUGGCCGAGAUUCUGUGUGGGAAGGAAAUCCCACGGUGGGUGAACCGCCUGGCCUACUUCAGCUCCUGUAUUCCCUUCCUCCAAAGCUGCCUCCCCAAAGAAUGGCUGACUCCAGCAGCACUGCAGAGUCACAUCAGCCUCGGCCUCCACAAGGAAGAGCAGGGAGAGACAACUGAUGAGGAAUCUCCGUCCACUUCUGCAGCUGCAUCGGGCCCUUCACGAACCUGCAGACAUACAAGGGUCUGAAUGGUGUCCAUUUAAUGUGCUCUCCUCAGCUACCCGCCCCUUUCAUUUCCUUAUCUUUCUCCCAAGAACACUGGGAAUAUUGUUUCAAGGAGGAGAUGAAAUCCUUGUCUCUUUUUCCAAGUACUGCUAUUAUUCAGCAAAGUGACUUAUCACUCUAGAAUUAUUUUUAAGAGUGUAGGGUUUCAAAAUUCUAGAAAUAGUAAGUAUUUCUUGAUCCACAGAAAACUGCUGAAAUCUCUGGGAUGUGACAAUGUGGACCUGGAGGGAAGCCAUAUUGAGAUGUUCCUCAAAUGGAAUCCUUUUAACUCUCCACCUCCUCCCCCUACCCCAAAAGCCUUCUCUCCAGUCUCUCCAAGAUGGCAUCUAACCUGUGGUGCACCCCCACCAAGUACCAAAAUAAUGAACUAGAAUCAUAACUUCAUUUUCUCACCAUGAAGACCAGCAGCAGAUUCUGUUAAUCUUUUUCUCUUCGUCUCUUAAGUUUUGUUAUCAGUAGUUUCUAAGUCAUAUGAAAGAUAAAUGAAAGGUGCUGCUAUUCUACCACCACAAUUUUUUUUGGUGAAUUAAAAUCCUGUGUACCUUCAUGUAUAAUCACAAAAAUUAUCUAGAAACGAAUGUACAAUACUGACCUUUAUUUGUUCAGGGAGUGCUAUGGACAGUUAAAGUCGCUAACCAUCCUGGGCAGAGGUUCCUGUGCCUCUAAUGUCUACAUGACAUAGAAAAAUGAAAAAGGUGCAGUGGCUUUUGCCAUCACUAGAGCUCCUCCAUGGGAAAAGGUGAACCUGCUGAAUUUCUCCAUGUCAUGUAAAAGACACCACAGAGGCCUCAAUCUAGAGUGGAAUUGGUAAGCCUAGCUGGGGCUGGCAUUAGCCUGAUGCAGUGGGGCCUUUCUUGGUGCUGCAACUGGAAAUCUUUAUUUUGGAAACAGUUAUAGAACAUGAGUGUGCUCACGAGCUAUUGGAGAAUAUUUAAAGCAGAGAGGAUAAUCUGUUUUCAGCUGAACCUGCUGAAUUUCUCCAUGUCAUGUAAAAGACAUGACAAUUCUAGAUGAACCACCAUGGACAUUUCUGUAUUCAACCUGAUCAGUGCUGUGACUAGCAGUUUUUGUGCCCUGUGCCAACUUUAAGAACUGCCUGGCUGGAGCAGAUAAAACCAAUUUUCUGGUAAUAGAAGCCAUCCAGGUAUCAUGGGGUGGUCACAAGGAGGCUGUGAUGGUGACAGCCAGCUCAGCUUGCCCCCAGCAUCUGGUACUCAGGUGUAUCCUGUCUCUGAACAUGCAGAAUCCAUUUACCUAUUAUAACUAAGAACUGUUGAUCCACCUAUCCUCCAUGAAUCUGUCUAAUCCUUUAAAAAAAACAUCUAAACUAAUGGCAAUCACCAUAUUUUGUAGCAAUGAAUUCUGUAAUUUUAUAUAGUGCAAAUGAAGCACUUCCUUAAGUUUGUCCUCCACCUGUAUCAAAUCGGUUUAAUUGAGUAACCAUUAAGUUUUAUGUGUAAAAGGUAUACGUUUCUCUAUCUUAUCUCACUAGCUUUAUAAAUCUCAGAUUGCCCCAGCCUUAGUAAUUUUUCUUCUGAAGUAGAAACUACUAACGUUUUAAGGAAAGCCUUAAAUGCACUCAACUCUGUAACAUUUUAAGUGG